GAGAAAUUCAUAAUACUUCAUGAACAAAAUGGGAAAACGUAUAUAGCUAAAGUGUUGAUGAUUCUGAAUGAUCAGGAUAAAAAGGAAAAAAGAAGAAAUUGUAAUUAUAAUAAGUGUGUGUUAGGUUUAAACAAACCAAGUCCCAGCAGUCUUCCCUCAUUACUUCCCUGAACUGUCACUCAGCUGAGCUAGAGAAUGCUGUGUUAAUGCUGGCGGGUGAUUUAGCUUUAUAAAGUGUUAUUUAUUUUUAUUUUAUUUCAUUAGUGUUUAAUGUCAUAAUCUAGAGGAAAAAAAAACUCAGUAAACUGUGAUAAAAUUCUUGCACUGCGAUUAUAUCUCAUUAUUAGUCAACCUUUGAAUAUACCUUUUUAUCUCAUCGUUCUGAUCUCGUCAGCGUUUUACAGGAGUAUCACGCAGUGUGUGAGAGUGAGAGAGAGAGAGCGCGCGCGAGCGCAGUUGAUUGGAUUCAGCUGUGUGUGAGGACAGAAACAUUUAAAACAAGGAAGUAAAGUGAUGUUUAUGAGGUGUAGAGAGCGCGUGCGGGGAUGAACAGGAAAGCUGUGGCAAGAGACGAGUUGAAGAUGGCUUGUCAGAUGAUCACCAUCCUCCUUAUCACACUUCCUGUUGUCCUUUGCUCCCCUCCUUCAUUUGGUGGCCUGGAAGCUGAAGGCACUAAUCGAUCAUCCAUCCGGUUUCUGGUGGUUGGAGACUGGGGCGGUUUACCCAAUGCACCCUUCAUCACGCCUGUAGAGUGGGCUACAGCACAGGAAAUGGGCCGAACUGCUGAGCAGCUUGGAGCUGACUUUGUUUUAGCCCUUGGUGAUAAUUUUUACUAUAGAGGAGUGACGAGUGUGGAUGACCCCAGGUUUCAGGAGACCUUUGAAAAUGUCUUCACUGCUAAAUCUCUCAAUAUCCCAUGGUAUGUUGUUGCUGGCAACCACGACCAUGCAGGAAGUGUUCGUGCCCAGAUCCAGUACAGCAAAAUGUCUCUACGAUGGAAUUUCCCCUAUUAUUACUAUGAACUGAAGUUCCACAUCCCACACACCACUGCCACUCUGCAUGUGCUAAUGUUGGACACAGUGCUUCUUUGUGGAAACACUGAUGACUUCCAGGAUGGAACACCAAGUGGGCCUGCAAGUAGUGUGUUGGCCAACCGCCAGCUGCUGUGGCUGCAGGAACGCAUGCAGAGCUCCACAGCUGAUUUCCUGCUUGUGGCUGGUCAUUAUCCUGUCUGGUCAGUGUCCAAACAUGGGCCCACUGACUGCCUGUUGAGAAGGCUUCGCCCCUUGUUGGUGAAGUACAAAGCCACAGCUUACCUGUGUGGACAUGAUCACAACCUGCAGUAUUUCCAGGAGUCCAGUGUUGGUUAUGUUGUGAGCGGUGCUGGAAACUUCAUUGACCCAGACAUGAGGCAUAGAAACUCUGUUCCUCGAGAUUCUCUGAAGUUCUUCACAGGCAAAUCCUCUACGCUUGGUGGCUUUGCUCACAUGGAGGUUACGGAUAAAAAACUAACUGUAACCUUCAUCCAAGCAAGAGGAACUUCACUGUAUCGCACUGUGCUACCUAAACGCAACUUGUAAUUCACACGUUUUAAUUUUUAGUGCAUGCUUG